AUGUAUCUUGGGUCUACGUUUAACCCUUCACAUGGAUGUGCAAAACCUUCAGAAGCAGAGACUGAUGGAAAACCUUGGUACGUUGACAUUAAAAUUUUCUUGGAAAAAGGAGAAUAUCCUGAAGGAAUCACUAUCAAUCAGAAGAAGACCAUCAGGAAAUUGGCGAAUGAUUUCUUUCUCAACAAGAAUGUUCUGUACAAAAGAACCCCGUAUUUGGGAUUGCUUAAAUUCGUUGACUCCAUUGAAGCCACAAGAUUGAUUGAAGAAGUGCAUGCUGGAACCUACAGGCCUCGCAUGAACGAAUUUUUGCUAGCAAAGAAAAUCUUAAGAAUAGGUUAUUACUGGAUGACCAUGGAGAAUGAUUGUAGCAAAUUCGUCCAGAAAUGA